AUGUCGGCCGGACUUCUCUCUCAACUGCUGAGCUCCCCCUUACAGUUAAGUGCACCUGAGGCAGAGACGAGGCGUGAAUACGAUGCAAAUGCCCGCACUUUCGCCACACAACUUGCCAACGUGCCUACAGCACAGUGGUUGAAGGGAGCAGACACAGAUCAAGAUGUGCUCGUAUUAAUUGACCCCGCGGUCAACUCAAUAGGAUACGCCUAUGCUCUUCGCCACCGCAUCGGCACCUUAUUCGACAGAAGGAAUAUGCCCGAGGCGCUGCAGCCUGGAGGUGCAGUGUGGAACAAACUAGUACUGUUCUUGGAGACGGCAGAUCCUGUGCAGCUGCGAUAUGUUGGAAGGGAGUGGAGAACAUUGGUCGAGUUCACAGAGCAGAUUGCGCGCGCGUGUGGAUCACCUGGCCUCGCGAUUGCACCGAUACGCUCAGCCAUGACACGACUUGAUCCUACCACCGGCACCUUCACCUUGUUCCACCUCAGCUUCAUCCAGCUGUGCAUGGAGACGCGAUCGUACGCGGCCGCCGAACCGAUACUCGAUAAUCACAUCCAUACUUUGCCUACGAAGAUCCCUAUCGUGGUCCGCGAGGGUCUCGAAUACUCUGUUCCAUGCGCAGAUGUCACAAGCAGCGGGGAGUACAUCCACUUGAGUUCUGGCCACACUGAUAAGAUCACUUUGGCGGAAAUUCAGGAGUACUAUGUACUGGGGGCCAUGGCAUAUCUCGCAUUACGUCGUUUCAAGAAAGCACAGCACUUCCUGGAGCACGUGCUUGUGGUUCCUUCGACUAAUACUGCAAACGGUUUUAUGUUGGAGGCGUAUAAGAAGUGGGUGCUGAUGGGCACGAUUCCGCGGACAGCCAACGGUAAUGCCAUCAAGGCGGUUAAGGCAGCGUCAAAAGCGUACGAGGCGCUUGCGGAAGCGUACGGAGAGCUGGACAACAUGUCCAAGCUGAAGGCUCAGACGCAAGCUGGUGCUGAGAUUUGGGCAGAGGACGGGAAUAGUGGCCUCGUCACGGAACUCAGCAACAGUCAGACGCGGACCUAUGUUUCGCGGCUGUCACGGACUUACUCGGCGAUACCAGUCUCAAACAUUGCCACCCACCUGGGCGCUACGACGGACGAGAUGGUGCUGUAUGUCGAGAGUCUGAUCAAGGAUGGCCAUCUGAACGCGUGCUUGGAAGAGACGGACUUGUCGGAUAUAGGCGUGGUACUACGUUUCUACCUGGAUCCGACGCAGGGACCAUUGGCCAAGAGCGAGAAGCAGCAGCAACAGGCGCUGUUUGAGCAAACGAUGCGGACAAAUAGGCUUGCGGAACAAGUCAAGGACGCCGACUACCGCCUGACAUUGACCAAGGAGUACAUUGAGAACCAGAAACGCGUGACCAAGAGGUCGGGACCGCACGGCGAUGUUAUGGACACUGCAUGGGAUGACAGCAUUGACGCAGAAGAGGACAUAAUGAUUGACAUGCACUGA